AUAAAUAGAUCCAUAGAUCCUUAAAGAGAAACUAAAAGGGUUUGUGAAUCUUGAAUUUUUCUGAAAUGGGUUGGGCUGAAUCGGAUAAGAUGAGUUGCAGGAAGCAUCCCAAGCACAGACAAACCCCAGGUGUUUGCUCUUAUUGUCUGAGAGAGAAGCUCACCAAGCUCUCUUCUGCAAGUAACAGUAGUGGUACAGGAAUGGAGGGUUCUUCCUGUUCUUCAUCUUUAUCUUCUUCUCCUUAUUCUUCUGGUGCAACUUCAUCUUAUUCUUCUCCAUUUCAUGAUCGUUUCUCUUCUUUUGAUGGAAGAGGAGGAGUAGGUUAUGGUCUGUUCUUGAAGAGUCGAUCUCUGGUUUCAUUUGUCCCUAGAAUGAGAAAGAGAAGCAGAAAUGCAGUGGAGGCUACGGAUGAUGGGAAGAAUAAGAAAGUAGGGUUUUGGUCUAAACUGCUAAGUUCCACAGGGAAGAAGACCAAGAAGAUGUUGUUGCACUCCAAGACUAUGAGAUAAAUUUUCUCUUAUCUUACCAAGAUUUUAUAUAUAUAUAUAUAUAUAUUUUAUACAAAAUUGUAUAACUAAUUUGUGAGUUUGUUUUGUAUUGUUCAGUGUUCAUCAUAAGAAAACAGAAGAACAGAAAAACAAAUCAUGUAAAAAUCUCUUUG